UCAUACGUAUGGUGUUUAGAUAAGGCAAAUAAUAUCAAAACUGUUUGAUAGCUGUGGAGAACCACUGCUUCCAUAUCCAAAACUGAACAAAAGAUAUUAUGCAGUAUGUGAUGGCCAACAAAAGAUGGGAAAAGAAGCAAACAAGUCCUCUAAUCAAACCAGGGGGGGAAAAGAAGUCCUCUAAACAAUGGCAGCAAAAGUGGCUCUCUGUCUUUCUUUCAGUUCCCAAUUUCCAGUCUCAACCAAGGAAUCCUCCUCCUCAUCCCCUGUGCCUUACACCCUCUGCCCGAAAAGAACAAGGGCUCGUCAUUUCAGAGUUCAAGCACAAUUAGGUGGAGGAGAGGGAGAGGUCAAGCAGGGAGGGAAGAAUAAAUUCAUCACUAAAGAUCAAGAACCUGAACAGUAUUGGCAAACAGCAGGGGAGAGGAAAGGGGAGAAUCCCAUGUCAACACCCAUUCCCUACAUCAUCAUCUUUGGUAUGUCGACCCCUUUCGUGAUCUUGGCCAUUGCUUUCGCCAAUGGCUGGAUUAAGGCACCCGUUCGAUGAAACGACUAAAGAUUGCAGCACCAGCACAUUGGCAAUGUGAAAUGCUUAGGUCUGAUUUCAAGGCAUUUGAGUACUUCUGUUAUAGCAUUUGUUGUUUGGUACUAGCUGUUUGUAACUUUUCAAGUGGAUCACAGUUCCUUUGCGUUUUGCAUUGUAAUCAAACACAAACAGACCUUUCGCAUGCCUUGUUCAAGCAAAUAUAUCCUAAGUGAAAUCCAAUGAUGUAAAA